AUGCUCGGCCUGUAUGAGGUUAUCGCAGGCUCCGGAUCAAAUAUGAUGGAAGGCUGGUUAAAUCAUGUUCAAGGAUCCAUGAAACUCCUGGAAUUACGGGGCACAGAGCAACUGGAGUCCAAGAGAGGACUAGAGUUGUUCACACUGAUACGAAUGCAAAUCGGGGAGCUCUCAGCCGACAUUCAAGGCAUCUUCAAAGAUGGACAAGAUAGAGCUGCCGAGGACCCCGAGCCUUUUAUCAAAAGGGCACUUUACAUUGAUGCUGAUCUAGUCUCAUGGUCAAUGUCCUUGAGCCCUCCCUGGCGCUACAAUGUCAUCGCUACGCCAGCCCACCUUCAAAGCAAAAGCGAUGCGUAUACGUGUUACUAUGGUGACACCUAUUAUAUGUUUAAUUCUGUUGGGUUUGCCUCUGGGUGGAACAACUAUUGUCAAACGCGCAUCGUCAUACAGGAGAUUGUUCGAUCGCUUUGUAUGCGCUCGAUGGGAUCUGUAACAGCAGAUAUUUCCCAAAAGACGAUGGCCCUGGCUAAUACCAUCAGCAUACAAAUGAUUGGCUCCAUAUGUGCAAGUGUUCCAUACCAUUUCAACUCAGGAGAGGUUGGCGUGGGACUUGCUUUCCGGCUUCUAUGGCCAAUUUUCAUCACUGCGAAUUGCGGGGCAACGACACCUGAGAUCAGGGAUUGGGCCAUGAAAACACUCGACCUUAUUGGAAAUACUACGGGUAUUCAGAAAGCCCUCAUGAUGUCACAGGCUGUCAAAAAAGGACACACUAUGGCUUUAAUACCAGGAACUUGA